CACACGACUAAAUUAGACCAAAGAUGAUAAGAGCACAAAGCAUUAUAAUAAUUCCGCCGGGCUCCUCCUCCUUCCAGCCAUGCGUCCUAAUUAAUGGGACACCCCCAGUCGCAAAAAGCCCCGCACUGGACUGCAACAUAGUCAAAGAGUGAAAGGGAAGAGGGCGAAAGUGCCACUGGAGAUAAUUGAUUACCUACCAAUCAAUGAUAACUUGUUAGUAAUCGUCAACUCUUUGGACCUCGCCAUUUUCAGGGAGGCAUCUCACUCCUGCGGACUUGCUGCUCCGGAGGAUCUACACUUUGAAGACAUCCCAUUUUGGAAUAAGAUUUUCUUUUCUUCAUUCUCUCCUCCGUGAUUGUUUUUUUUUAAGCCUCCCAACUGUUAUGUGACUUUUUUUUCCUCGAUUGCAUCGCUCGUUUUUAACCGCUGAAUAUUUCAACGAAGUCCUUUUACAAACUCUGCGCACAACCAAUGAUGACAUCCAAAGAAGUGGCCAAAUGUGAUGCAGUGGAGAAUAGGAGGCGAAGUCCGCUGGACCACUUGCCGCCUCCUGCCAACUCCAACAAGCCGCUGACCCCCUUCAGCAUCGAGGACAUCCUGAACAAACCGUCUGUGAAACGAAGUUACACCAUUUGCGGCACAGCUCAUUUAAUUUCGUCCUCUGAGAAGCACCGUCCGUCCAGUAUCCCUCUGUCCAGCCGGGCUCUCCUCAACCAAACCUCCCCGCUCUGCGCGCUAGAGGAGCUGGCCAGCAAGACCUUCAAGGGACUGGAAGUCAGCGUUUUACAGGCUGCGGAAGGCCGGGACGGGAUGACUCUGUUCGGCCAGAGAAGCACCCCGAAGAAGCGUCGGAAGUCUCGGACGGCGUUCACCAAUCACCAAAUCUACGAGCUGGAGAAGCGCUUCCUGUACCAGAAGUACCUGUCCCCGGCCGACCGGGACCAGAUUGCUCAGCAGCUGGGCCUGACGAACGCGCAGGUCAUCACGUGGUUUCAGAACCGGAGGGCCAAACUAAAACGGGACCUGGAGGAGAUGAAGGCCGACGUGGAGUCGGCCAAAGCCGUCGGUCAGGUCCCUUUGGACAAGCUCGCCAAGCUGGCGGACCUGGAGAAAUGCGCCAACGGCACGCUGGGCCACCCGCGACCCGAUUCCCCCGCGCGGGGCGGCCAGCAGGAGCUCGAGCUCGCUCAGAAACUGCGGAACUCGCCGCUGUCUCCGUUCUCAGACCACACAACUAGUAAAGAGUGCUCAGAGGACGAGGACGUGGAGAUUGAUGUGGAUGACUGAUGUCGCAGCGUGGGGCUGGAAGGUCGAGAAACACAAAAAGACGAU